AUGGCCCCCGGCUGGGCAGAGCAGCUUCCAAAUUUAACAAUUCAGGCUUUUGCCUCUUUGCCCUUCCUUAUUGCCAAGAUCUUCUGUUGGUUGUUGUGUGUGGCUGCCGCUAAAGAAAAUCAACGAAGCGAGGAAUGGGGCCGGUCCUGUAAAAACAGCGGCCCAAGCCUCGAGCGGAGACAUCAAGAACCUGGAGAAAUAGAUCUGGCGCGGGGCAAAACAUGGCUUCAUAUGGAUGAGGGGAUCAGGACUAUCGGGAUGAACGAAGAAACACAGCGAGAAGACAAGGGAAAUAAAUGA